UCCCCCACCACGCCCGGAAAGGCAGCACGGGUCCUGGGACCCGAGGAGCUGGCGCUGGGGCAAAUUCCCAGCACACCUGCUAUUAUCACCGGGUCAUAUUUUCUGGGAAACUGAGACCCUAGGAAAGUGAGCAUCCGCGUACUGGUGUUGAGAGAAUUGGGAUACCAGAGGUCAGAGAGUCACCGGCAUAGCCAGGACCCCUGAGACCUCUUAGGUCCCUGAGGCCAGCCCUGGAUCCUCGUCUGGCGGUAGUUUGGACUUAGUUUUCCUUCCAGCGCACGUAGGGCUGGAGUGGAGCCGCAGGCUGCAAGGCGGAGGUCGCUGAGCCUAGGAGGAGCAGGGCGCGCCUGGGGGGCGGGACGUGACGCACCUUGGCUGGGAGGCGCCAGCCCCGGCGCUCCGGCAAGCUGCAUAUAAGGGCGGUGUGGGGCGCGGAAAGCCAGAGCCUGCUGUCCCCAAGAGUCAAGCCAAGCUCGAGCGGUCUCCAAAGACAAGCUCUUCUGCCACUCCCUAGCCUCUGCCUUCUCUCGGCCCUGCAUCUGCUCCCGGAGCCCCUCUGCCCAAUGAAACUGGCCGCGAUGAUCAAGAAGAUGUGCCCCAGCGACUCUGAGCUGAGUAUCCCUGCCAAGAACUGCUACCGGAUGGUCAUCCUUGGCUCAUCCAAAGUGGGCAAGACCGCCAUCGUGUCGCGUUUCCUUACGGGCCGCUUCGAGGACACCUACACUCCUACCAUAGAGGAUUUCCACCGAAAGUUUUACUCGAUCCGCGGCGAAGUCUACCAGUUGGAUAUACUGGACACGUCCGGCAAUCAUCCGUUCCCCGCCAUGAGGCGCCUGUCUAUCCUAACAGGAGACGUUUUCAUACUGGUAUUCAGCUUGGACAACCGCGACUCAUUCGAGGAGGUGCAAAGGCUCAAACAGCAGAUUCUGGACACCAAAUCUUGUCUCAAGAACAAAACCAAAGAGAACGUGGACGUGCCCCUGGUCAUUUGCGGUAACAAAGGGGACCGGGACUUCUACCGCGAAGUGGAGCAACGGGAGAUUGAGCAGCUGGUGGGCGACGACCCUCAGCGCUGUGCCUACUUUGAGAUCUCGGCCAAGAAGAACAGCAGCCUGGACCAGAUGUUCCGUGCACUCUUUGCCAUGGCCAAGCUGCCCAGUGAGAUGAGCCCCGACUUGCACCGCAAGGUGUCUGUGCAAUACUGCGAUGUACUGCACAAAAAGGCUCUAAGGAACAAGAAGCUUCUGCGUGCGGGCAGCGGCGGCGGCGGCGACCACGGCGAAGCCUUUGGAAUCUUGGCGCCCUUUGCCCGCAGACCUAGCGUGCACAGCGACCUCAUGUACAUUCGUGAAAAGACCAGUGUCAGCAGCCAGGCCAAGGACAAGGAGCGUUGUGUCAUCAGUUAGGAGCCCCCAGCGUCGGCCACACAACCUGAGGACCUUUUUUGUUCAAAAGUCAAAUUGGACUCCUGGGCUAGCCCCGCGCGCUCGGUGCCAUGAGGGCGCCAACUGGCCUCCUCCCUCGCUUCCUGCGACCCAGCCCUGCGCACUGGGGGACGCUGCCAGACCAUUAAGGGACAGUCAUCUGUUGUGAAAGGAAAGAGAACUGGCUAAGACUGGACUCUCUCGCCACUGAUACCCCGCUGGUGCCUGUCCUUGCUUCUGGGAUGCCAGGACCCAGUAGAGGGGUACUUGGCAUUUUUCUCUGAGACCUGAGAAUGAGAGUUUGUGAAGUUCAUCAGCCUGUGAGACUUCUUGUAACUGUCCUGCCUGCUGGAAGGCCAGGACCAAUAAGGCAUUAUCUUGUCUGUGAUUGGUGUUGCCAUGACAGCAACCUCCGCAAACUGGAAACUUUGGCGCGAGGUUGGGGGGGGGGGGGUUCAAUCAUAAGCAAGAGACUUGUUUACAAGUGUGUGUGUGCGUGUAAUUGCUCAAAGAUAAGCCACAAAACUUGCACUUUAAUUUAGUUCCGGUGUCAAUAUGACAUGAACAAAAAUCUCUACAUUUCUAUUGUGUGGGGUCUUUUAUUAUUUUUUUAAUUUAAAAUAAAAUAAUUUUAAAAAUGGAAAA